AUGGCAGAUCGCAUAAUGUUAAUGCGAAAUAAACUCAAGCAUCAUUUGGUCGUAGAUUUUGAAUCUAAACUUCCUUGGGAUCAUAUCACUGAUCAAAUUGGAAUGUUUUGUUUUACUGGGUUAAAACCAGAACAGGUUGAACGUCUUACCAAUAAUUACCAUGUAUACUUAACUAAAGAUGGUCGUAUUUCAAUUGCUGGUAUUAAUACAAAAAAUGUUAAAUAUUUAGCUGAGGCAAUUCAUGAGAUUCAGUUGACUACUGGUAACUUGAACUUAAGACAGAAAAAAAAAUAUGUAGCUUGGAAUUAUUUCUUUCGUUUUGGGGCAGCAUAUGGCACUGCAAAGUCAGGCGUUGGUUUAUCGGCGAUGGGUGUAUUACGUCCUGAUUUGAUUAUGAAAUCCAUAGUGCCAAUUGUUAUGGCGGGUAUUAUCGGUAUUUAUGGGUUGGUUGUGGCAGUUUUAAUUUCUGAUGGCUUAAGUGUCGGUCUCGCGGGGCUCGCCGCCGGAUUCGCUAUUGGAGUCGUAGGAGAUGCAGGUGUACGUGCCACUGCACAGCAACCACGAUUAUAUGUUGGGAUGAUUUUAAUUCUUAUUUUCGCUGAAGUAUUGGGUCUUUAUGGAUUAAUUGUUGGAUUGAUAUUGAAUACCAAAUCUGCUGGUAGUUGCUGA